UCACCCAACUGCAACACCAGUUCGAAAUCUAGGAUCUUCCCAUCCAUCAAGACAUUUUUUCGAGUGACCGACAAUAUGAGCAGUGUUGUGUUUCAAUCUGGUUUCCAGGCCACCAGCUUUAGUGUCCCGUAUGUCAGUCCUAUCUCUGAAGGACUACAAGCUGGAAAAGCCAUCUUCAUUCAGGGAGCUAUUUCCCCUCAAUGUGAUAGCUUUGCGGUAAGCCUGAAGUGUGGGGAGUCAGAUGGAGAUGACAUUGCUUUUCAGAUGAAGCCUGUGUUCAGCAGCAACAGCUUGGUCCUUAAUAGCCGCCAAAACGGAACAUGGGGAAACGAGGAGAAACUGGCUUCACCUUUUAAAAAGGGAAGCAGUUUUGAUCUGAUUAUUGCUGUGAAUUCUGACAACUAUCAGUUGUUCUUGAGUGGAGGAGAGAUUGGCCAGUUUAAGCAUCGUAUUCCUCUGGAAAGAGUCACUGUUCUUGAUAUCAGAGGACAGGUUACUUUAACAAAUGUGGUGUUCAUUGGGAGCUGGGCUGGCUCUAACAUCUUUGGGCAGGGCGGGAUGAUUUUCCAGUCACAGGGAGGUAUCAUGACUUGUGAGCAAGGUCCGGUCGAAAUGAGUCAAACCUGGUCUUUUGGUGGUGAAAUUUGCUCAACAACGCAGACAACAAAUGUGAUUGAAUAUCAGACAACAUUGUGUCCAACUGUUCAAUCGGAAUUUGAAUUUUCAAUUCUCAAUCCAGUACAAAAUCCUACACUUCCAUACACGGGCCCAGUUUUAGGUGGACUGAAAGCAGGAAUGGCCAUGAUGUUGCAGGGCACUGUGGCUUGUAAUGCUAACCAGUUUGCAGUCAAUUUUAAGACGGGGACCUCAGACAAGGACAACAUUGCUUUUCACUUUAACCCCCAAAUAAAGGGGAAGGUGCUCAUGAACAGUUUCAGGGAUGGAAAAUGGGGGACUGAGGAAUAUGCCACUAUUAACCCCUUUAAAAUAGGAGAAGCUUUUCAGAUGUUUAUUGUCGCCAAACCUGAGGGUUAUGUGUUGUACAUUAAUGGAAUGGAGUACUACCUGUUCAAGCACCGUAUACCACUGGACAAAGUGUCAGCGGUGAAUAUUGCUGGAGACGUUGAUUUGAACAUUUUGGGCUUCAUUGAGAAUUGGAGCCUUCCUUCGCAAUUCACAACAACAAUCACCAGUCAAACUGCCAGCUUGGGUUCUCCCAUGAUACAACAAGAGCUUUUACUUCCACUACAAAAUCCUGCCCUUCCCUAUGUGGGCCGAAUAUCAGGAGGACUAAGAACUGGCAUGGCCUUUUACUUGAAAGGAGUUGCUGGUACUAAAGGUGACACGUUUACAACAAAUUUCAAGACUGGAACGUCUGAAAAUGAUGACAUUGCUUUCCACUUCAACCCCAAAUAUAAUGCAAAUGUGGUCAUGAACAGCUUCAGGAAUGGUGGAUGGGAGACUGAGGAAUUUGUCCCUGACAAUCCUUUCAAAAUGGGAGAAGCUUUUGAGAUAAUAAUUGUAAUUAUACCUGAAGGAUACCAGGUAUAUGUGAAUGGCAAAGAGUACUACCUGUUCAAGCACCGUAUACCGCUGGAAAAUGUGUCAGCAUUGAACAUUAAAGGAGAUGUUGUUGUGAACAUUGGUGGCUUCAUACAAACCUGGAGCACAUCAUCUUUUGCUACAAAAGUCCAAACUACAACCUCCAGUUUAGGCUUUUCACGCUGGUCUCCUUCCACCAUACAGUCAGAGCUCUUGAAUCCAGUCCAGAAUCCUGCCCUUCCCUAUAUUGGCCCAAUUACUGGAGGAUUGAAAGCAGGAAUUGCUUUAUACUUGAAGGGAACUGUGGGUACUAAAGGUCCCGGGUUUUUUAUAAACUUCAAGACCGGGCAGUCUGACAAGGAUGAUACUGCUUUCCACUUCAACCCCCGACACGAUUCAGAUGUGAUCAUGAACAGUUACGGAAGUGGAGGAUGGGGCGCUGAGGAAUUUGGCCCUGACAACCCCUUCAAAGCGGGAGAAGCUUUUGAGAUGUUUAUUGUCAUCAAACCUGAAGGAUACCAGGUACACGUGAAUGGCAAGGAGUACUACCUGUUCAAUCAUCGCAUACCGCUGGAAAAAGUUUCAGCGUUACAAAUUCAAGGAGAUCUUGUCGUCAAACUUCUUGGCUUCAUUCAAAACUGGAACCGGCUGAGCUUUUUGCGCUGGGGCCUUUCCACCAUCCAGUCAGAGUUCUCACUUCCAGUCCAAAAUCCUUCCCUUCCCUAUGUAAGGCCGAUUCCUGAGGGGCUGAAAGCAGGACUGGCCUUGUACUGUCAGGGAGUUGCUGGUACUACAGGUGACCGGUUUGAGAUAAACUUCAAGACCGGGCAGUCUGACAAGGAUGACUUUGCUUUCCACUUCAAUCCCCGAUACAACUCGAAUGUGAUCAUGAACACGCACAGUAAUGGAGAAUGGGGGGCUGAGGAAUUUGGUCCGGACAAUCCCUUUAAAAUUGGAGAAGCCUUUGACAUGUUUAUUGUCAUAAAACCUGAAGGAUAUCAGGUAUAUGUGAACGGCAAUGAGCACUACCUAUUCAAGCACCGGAUACCACUGGAAAAAGUGUCUGUAAUAACUAUUGGUGGACAUGUGACUCUAAACCUGAUUGCCUUUGUACAAAAGUGGAACACAUCUAUAUUUGCUACACAAGUAAAGAGGGGCUUCUUGCGCUGGACGCCUUCCACCAUACAUUCGCAGCUCUCUCUUCCUGUCCAAACUCCUGCCCUUCCUUAUGUGGGUCCGAUUUCCAGGGGACUGAAAGCAGGAGUGGCCUUGUACUUGCAGGGAGUUGUUGGUAGUAAAGGUCCUGGGUUUUUUAUAAACUUCAAGACCGGGCAGUCUGACAAGGAUGAUACUGCUUUCCACUUCAACCCCCGACACGAUUCAGAUGUGAUCAUGAACAGUUACGGAAGUGGAGGAUGGGGCGCUGAGGAAUUUGGCCCUGACAACCCCUUCAAAGCGGGAGAAGCUUUUGAGAUGUUUAUUGUCAUCAAACCUGAAGGAUACCAGGUACACGUGAAUGGCAAGGAGUACUACCUGUUCAAUCAUCGCAUACCGCUGGAAAAAGUUUCAGCGUUACAAAUUCAAGGAGAUCUUGUCGUCAAACUUCUUGGCUUCAUUCAAAACUGGAACCGGCUGAGCUUUUUGCGCUGGGGCCUUUCCACCAUCCAGUCAGAGUUCUCACUUCCAGUCCAAAAUCCUUCCCUUCCCUAUGUAAGGCCGAUUCCUGAGGGGCUGAAAGCAGGACUGGCCUUGUACUUUCAAGGAGUUGCUGGCACUACAGGUGACCGGUUUGAGAUAAACUUCAAGACCGGGCAGUCUGACAAGGAUGACUAUGCUUUCCACUUCAAUCCCCGAUACAACUUGAAUGUGGCCAUGAACACGCGCAGUAAUGGAGAAUGGGGGGCUGAGGAAUUUGGUCCGGACAAUCCCUUUAAAAUUGGAGAAGCCUUUGACAUGUUUAUUGUCAUAAAACCUGAAGGAUAUCAGGUAUAUGUGAACGGCAAUGAGCACUACCUAUUCAAGCACCGGAUACCACUGGAAAAAGUGUCUGUAAUAACUAUUGGCGGACAUUUGAUUCUCAACCUUUUUGCCUUUGUACAAAAGUGGAGCACAUCUUCAUUUUUUACCCAACUGAGCAGCUUCCUGCGGUCUUCUUCCAUGACACAGUCGCAACUCUCAUUUCCUGUCCAAAAUCCUGCCCUUCCUUAUGUGGGUCCAAUUUCCGGGGGACUGAAAGUAGGAGUGGCCUUGUACUUGCAGGGAGUUGUUGGUAGCAAAGGUCCCGGGUUUUCAAUUACCUUCAAGACCGGCCAGUCCGACAAGGAUGACACUGCUUUUCAUUUCAAUGCCCGAUACAACUCUAAUGUGGUGAUGAAUUCGUGCAGAAAUGCAGAAUGGGAGGCUGAGGAAUUUGUUUCUGACAACCCCUUCAAAAUGGGAGAAGCAUUUGAGAUGUGUAUUGUCAUCCAAACUGAAGGAUAUCAGGUAUAUGUGAACAGCGACAAGAUUUACCUUUUCAAGCACCGCAUACCACUGGAGAGAAUUUCAGUGUUGAAUAUUGCCGGAGAUGUUGUCAUGAAUCUUUGUGAUUUAAUUCAAGACUGGAGCACAUCUACACUGGGCAGGAAAUUCUUAAGUCUGGGGAGCUCGCAGUUUGAACUUCUCAGCUUCCAGUCAGACCUCUUACUUCCAGUCCAAAAUCCUAAAAUUCCCUAUUUUGGCCCAAUUUCCGGGGGAGUGAAACCAGGCAUGUCAUUCUUCUUGCAGGGUGUUGUUGCUAGUAAUGCCAAGCGGUUUGAAAUAAACUUCCUGAUUGGGCCAUCUGAGAAUAACGACAUUGCUUUCCACUUCAACCCGCGAUUUGACCUUAAGGUUGCCAUGAACACCCGUAAGAAGGGAAAAUGGCAAGAUGAGGAACAAGGCUCAAUCAGCUGCUUUAAAUUGGGACAAGCUUUUGAGUUGGUCAUUUUCUUCACGUCCCAUGGUUACAAGGUGCAUGUGAACGGCCAAGAACUCUUCAUGUUUAAGCACCGCAUACCUUUGGACAAAGUAGCUGCUCUUGCUAUCUAUGGGGAUGUCUCUGUUGGCAUAUUCGGUUUUAUGAUGGGUAAGGCAGGCAUUUGUGUUUCUCCUCCCACUGUUCAUCAAACUCACAGGGAUAUGGGAGGCGCUUGUAUUCGUCCUCCUGGUCAUCACCAUGGUCAUCACCGUGGUCAUCACCAUGGUCAUCACACUCAACAGGGUCCUCCUCCUCACGCCCACAAGCACUGUCAAAAAAAGUGAUGAGUUUUGAAAAAGAUGUGAAAAUCAUGCAUGUUUUUAUCCUAACAUUCACACAUUAAACAUGUCACUGGUCUCAGCCAUAACAUUACAGUUGUGGAAAUGACAUACAAUCAAAUAAAACUUUACAGCAUG